GUUUUUACGUCUACAGGUCAGUAGAACAAGUAGCUUGGUUGGUGAUCUAUUCUUGAACCGAUUAUCCAACUACAAUAACACUGAUAAUUCACAAACUUAAAAUGGAUGACCACACCGAACAAAGACUAGCUCAAAACAAUACAAGAACACGGAGAAGUCGAAUUUUAAAAUGCUUAUCAAUAUUUGUGGGGAUUGCUCUUAUUGUAGGCUGUUUUGUUAUGGCGUCGUAUUCAUAURUUUUUUUGGACGACUGUAAAGAAUCCUCGUGCCACGAGGCCUCGGCCGAUGAAAUUACUACAGCAAAGGUGUUUCGUUUCAUUUCUGCUGGGUUGUUCAUUAUCGGGGUUUUUAUGAUCGCCUUUUCGCUGUGUGCUAAUAAAGGAGACCGCGAAGSUGACAACACAGGGUUMAGAAGGAUCUCACUACACACUGUUGCAUGUAUUAUUCCUGACUCAGCGAAAGAGAAGUCACCAUCUAUACUCUGCUCAAUGCAGGCYUAUUGUAACCAAGGGUUAAGUGGUAGUGUUCCAGGACUCAAUGGCAUUCCCGAACAACCAAUUUUUUUAAACAUAAAUUGUCAAACAGCCAGCAAUUACCGAUCUAGUGAGUCUAUAAGAGAAAUGCUUGUAAGGGAAACUGACGAGGAAUCUUCGAGAACUCCAACACCUCCUCCCUCAUAUUUGGAAGCAUUGAAAAUGCAGAUUCCGCAAGAACCACCUUAAAACGUUUUCUCGUCGACAAUUUUUAGCACUCAUACUAUUUAGUAUGAUAUAAGCAAUGUCAAGUCAGUUAUGGAGAAAGUCUGAAGUUCUUUUUGUUUUCACGAAAAUGUUUGAACCAUC